AUGCUCAGUAUCCAGUUUAGCCAAUGCGAUCGCUCAGAGUUGCCCAUGGAGGUGUUUUUCCAGCGCAUGUGCCACGUUCGGUGGCCGUAUGCCGUGCUGCUCUUCAGCGAGCUGGGCCGCGAGUUUGCGUCCAGGUACUUGACAGAAGAGGCAGCCAACACCUUGGAAAGGGCGCUUGCGACCUUCGACGCCAUGAAGCUUUUGCCGUAUUAUUCGCAGAUGUCUUGGCAGAACGCUUAUGACGUGAACUUUAAUGAGGAGUGGUCUCCUGGCAGUGCAAACAUUGGCCCCGUGUGGGACAAGUCUAUAGCAGCUGGUCUGAUGCCAGUGGCAGGGGGAGGUCAAGGUGAAAGGGAGGUACCUUUAGCGCAGCUGCUGGAGUCCAAAUUCCCAUCUCUUCGAAACGAGCUGCAAAUGCUCCAAUCAGAUCCUGGCCUUUUUGACGAGCUAUCCUUUGAGCACUCCAAAGUUGAGGCCUCGCCUUGUGACUUGACUUCUCUUCCAAUAGCUUGUGGAAGCUUCCAAGAGGCACAGUUCAGAAGGUCUCUGAUCAUCCAAUCAUCAGCUCUUUACGUCGUGGCAUGUCUCCAGGGCCAAGCUUCCUGGCCAGAGGGUGGCUGGCGAGCAGUGCAGCUCCGGCAAGGCAAUGGCGCUUGGCAAAGCCGCGCUUGUGACGUGUUACCUUCGACCUGUGCGCUGCUCUCCACGCGGCCCGAGCUUAGCUGUGCCAACUCCGGUGCGGCUUUGGUGAGGCUGCGCCCGGGUGGCCGUCUCAAACCUCAUUUCGGCCCUGCGCCGCAAUUGCAGCUACACAUAGCGCUGCGAGCUGAUGUUGGUGCCAGAAUGAGCGUAGGAAAUAGGACCUUGAGCUGGCAGACUGGUGAGGUCCUAGUUAUAGAUGGCAGCUUUAUACACCAGGAGUGGCACAAUGGCGUUCGGGGUGACAACUUUGUCACGUUUUGCCAUCCCUGUGACGAGAGUCAAAGACCACUUUAUGGACCCUUACAAUGUGGGAGGCCCAUUGCAAGUCCUGGUGCCGCGCGAUCAGCGGUGGAAUAUCAGGAUGCUGCUACUCUACCAGUACCUUUCGCAGCAGCAGCGCUUUGGGCCGUCAGCCUGCCGGACUUAGCGAAGUGCAGCAGCAUCAACGAAGAAUGUCCGCCAGACUCGCAGCAUGGGGGUCCCAACCCUCUAAGCGCUUUGAACACCUGGAAUUACAUCAUGAAUAAUCUGCGUGCUGCGAUACGACACACUACAUCCCAAACUCAGAUUGAUCCCCAAGUGAUGACUGCUAUUGGGCAGGUUCAGGAAGGCAUCCAAAACUUUCUGGCUAUGCCCUCGCUGGAGCAGCCCUGGCUGCGACAGCAGGCUCCGGCCAUGCUGAAAUUCCCUUCGCCGGCGGCUCGACUCCCAGUGCCUGCAGAUGGAAGAAGCCCAGGGACCUUCGCAUUCAGGCUCUCCAAUGGUGUGGAGAUGCCCGCAAUUGGCUUCGGCACGUGGAAGCUUGAGGGUGAGGCCUGCUACCAAACUGUGCUUGCUGCACUGCAGUUGGGGCUUCGCCACAUCGAUACGGCGGAAGCGUACCAGAACGAAGCUGAGAUAGGUCGUGCAAUCCGGGACAGCCAAGUCCCGCGUGAGAAGCUCUUCAUUGCUACGAAGGCGACCAGCGUUGCACUGGGCAUGGCAGAGCCUUCGUA